AUGGACGUCUUGUGGCUGAUGAUAAUGAUAGAGUAUAAUGUAGUGGCUGUGGCAGGGACGCGCAGCAGUCUUCGCUGUUGCACGAAUGGGCAGGUCCGUUCGAGGAAGUACCACGACCCCACAAACGACCAGCGUGUAGUGGAAGAGUUAUGCGUGUCGAGGCUCACUUUGUUGAAAGUAAAGGAUCCACCAUUAAUCCAGGAGCAUAUGAAACCUCCGACGUCAGCUGACGCUGGCCGAAAACCGAUCGAGGAAAAAAAAAGUCGCUGUCGAAGUUGUCACAAAAAAAGACAAAUCACGCGAAAACAUAGUUCGGCGAGUCAAUGUGGGCGCACCCUUAUCAACUGGCGGCCGCGGCGGCGCCUCGGCCUAAUUUUCCUCCGGCAAAAAACCACCCCCCCACCCCACAAGAGGACAAAAACCCUCCCGAGUGACGCAAAGCAGCCCGCGAAGAAGGCACCGUCAUCUGAAUCACCACUGUUAGCGCUUCGACGA